UACUAAGAUUUUAAUACAGUCUAGAAAAGUGCGAAUGGCUACGAGAACUUAUAACCCGGCUGUGCGGGUUGGAAACUGGAUUGAGGAUGUCCAACUUGAAGAGGACAUUAUCAAAGAUUUUCAAGAGAAGAAAGACGCUGGUGAACUCUUGAUACAAAAGACGCACAAUGUUAUGAAUAACCUGCUAAGACAAGAAAAGCUGUCUGCACAAACAGAAAACAAACACUUGAUGUUUGGCUCAAGGAUCAAUUUGUGCCACAUUGCUUCGGGUACAGUACUGUCCUCAAAAGUCUCUGAACUGAAAUCCCGCACAAGCUCACAACUCAAAAGUCCGUGUGACAUGUCUGCUUCUUUAAUGACUAAUCCUUGUCCAAGAAACGUCUUUCAGAUAUGCAGUGCUGACGGAGAAAUUCUUAAGAAACCACUCUGUUAUGGCCAAAAGUUUGUGCUGAAGACAUUGCCUGGACCUGGAGGGGAGUUGAGUUUGUGGUCGGAUAGAGCCACCUUCACAAAGUGUGCUGCUAAAUCCAGGUUGCCAGUGGUUCAGUUACACGACGAUUCCAGUUAUAACGUUGUCUGGCAAUUUCAUUGCAGGAACCCUCUAAUUCGCAUGGAGAUGGAAGGAAAUCCGGUUGUCGUUGGAGAUACUAUCAUCCUGAACCACUGUAAAACUAACCAAAACUUGGCCUGUAUGUCUCAAUAUCAGCGCAGGACUCCAUACGGACAAGAGAUGGAAGUAUGCUGCAAAACAUUCCUCGACUCUCAUAAAGCUGAAACGGAAGAAAACCUCUGGACCAUUGUAGUCAACAAACCUGAAUAGUUAAUAAUGUGUAAAAAGAAAGUGUAAUUUAAACGACUUUACUUAUAUGUUGCAGCUGGACUUCAAUAUCAUAGUGGAUGCCAUGAGAGUAUAGUAGAUUGAAUCGAUAUUUAACUGAUACAAACCCCGACCAAAUUUAUAAUCUUUCUGAAUGGCGUGUAUUAUAGGGUUUUGAUACAAAUGACCUAAUUCAAUUUCAUUACCAGCAUGAUACUUUGCAUUUAAUUGACAAUAAAAUAUUACUUUUUAAAUAUCUGUUCCUUUUAUCAAAAUUCUGACGACAUAAACUGUAAAUAAUCAAAUUGAUCAUAAUUUUGAACAACGAUUUUAUUGUAAUGAUUAUUAAUUAACCUGUCUUUCCCCAUUUGAA